AUGCAACGAGCUUUUGCUGAUUAUUAUCAUAAGAAGAAAAAUGAAACAGAUAAAAAAUUCAGUGUAUUUUAUCCAUUCGAAGAUAAUGAGCAAGGAACACAAUUGUCUCAUUUCGUCUUUGUACUUGAUGGAUCAAGUUCAAUGAAUAAUCAUUGGAACGCUUUAGAACAAGCUUAUGUUGGAUUCUUGCAACGUCGAAAGAAAGAUCAAGGUGACGAAGAUCUUUUUAGCGUUGUACAAUUCAGUGAUAGAGCAGAGAUUGUCUAUGAACGAAAAUAUUUACGCGACACUCCUCUCACUAUUGAACAACUCCGUGGUGGUACAAAUUAUUACAUUGCUUUAGAGGAAGCAAAGAAAGUAAUUGAAGCUGAUUCAACGAAAUCAUCAGUGGUCAUGAUUUUCAUGUCGGAUGGACAAGAUCUAUCACGUACAGAUCCAAAAGCAUUUGUAGGUCAACUCAGGAUGACGUAUGGCACAAGACACAAUUUUAUCUGUCACACCGUUGCUUUCGGUGACGAGUUCGCUGGAAAAGACAAAAAUGCAGGAUUAUUGAAGGAUAUGGCAGUAGCCGGUGGUGGUGAAGCCUACACAGCCUUGACAGAUGACGAUCUCAAAAUUGUUUUCAGUACAAUCGCAGCAAACAAUACAGCGACCGAUGCACUUGUUAAACGAUUAUCAGAUGCUCUUGCUGAGGAGAUUAGUACAAAAAUCAUGAUUGACUUUCUUUGA